AUGGCAGACAUAGAUUCGAAAUCAUCAUCUUCCCAUGUAGAGAACCCUACUAAACCAAUAAGCCCCGAAGCCAUCCAAUUCGAGGGACUUUCGGACGAGGAAGCUUUGAAAUUGGAAAGACAAUUGGUGCGCAAGAUCGAUUUUCACUUAAUCCCAGCUUUGUUCUUGCUGUUUAUCUUUAACAUUCUCGACCGAUCGAACAUCGCGAACGCCCGCUUGGGAGGGCUGCAAGAGGAUUUGGGUCUUUCUGACACCCAGUACCAGACAGCCGUGGCUAUAAUGUUUGUUGGAUAUCUUCUCGGCCAAGUUCCUAGCAACAUUAUCCUCACCCGUGUGAGGCCAUCGCGCUAUAUCCCCGCCGCCAUUUUCGUGUGGGGCGGAAUCUCCAUCUGCUUGGCUGCAACGAAGAACUAUGCUGGAAUUCUAUGCGUACGAAUCUUUCUAGGCUUUGCCGAGUCUCCCUUCUUCCCGGGUGCUUUGUUGUUAAUGAGUUCAUGGUACAAAGCCUCUGAGCUGGCAGUGCGUGUUGCUAUUGUAUACUGUGGAAAUACCGUCGCAAAUGGAUUUGGAGGCAUGCUAGCUGCAGGUAUACUGAGUGGACUAGACGGCAAAGGUGGGCUUGCAGGGUGGAGAUGGCUAUUCAUUAUUGAGGGCGCUGGCACUAUGGUGGCUGGAUUGCUGGCGGUGGUUUUACUCCCCGACUUUCCUCGGUCUGGCCAGCGAAAGUGGUUAACGCAGCAGGAGCAGCGCUUUGCUGAGUGGCGCCUAGCCGUCGCCACAAAUAAUGAGGUCGACGAAAACGGCUCCAUCAGGCAAGGCAUGAAGGAUGCGGUGACUGAUCCGAAAGUGUGGGCAUUGGUUUUGAUACAGAUCUGCCAGCUGACGUCCCAAACCUGGACAUAUUUCUUCCCAAGCAUCGUGGAAACCCUCGGCUUCGGAAGGAUCGUUACCCUGCUUAUCACGGCACCCGUGUAUGUCUUUGGCUUCCUCAGUGCCCUAGGAAACUCGCUUAUUGCGAACCGGACGAACUGCCGAGCCGUUCUCAUAGUAUGGCCGCUCUGCAUUGACAUCGUGGGAAAUGUGAUGGUCAUCAGCUCCCACGCCACGGCUGUCCGUUAUGUUGGCAUGUUCCUUAUGUGCAUGGGGUCCUACAGCGCGUUCAACGCCGUGCAAGCCUGGAUUGCCAGUACUAUCCCACGUACACGAACGAAGAGAGCCAUUGUUUACGCCAUGGUCAAUUUCUUCGGCAACUCGUCCAACAUCUAUGGCUCGUAUUUCUUCCCCACCAAGGACUCCCCGCAGUACCGGCCAGGGGGCAUCAUUCUGUCCAGCUUUGCUGCAGGCGGUGUUUGUUUUUCGAUUUUGUUGGCUGUUUACCUCCAUUGGCUCAACACCAAGGCGCGAAAGGCUGAGGACGAGGAUGGCCAAAUACGCUACAAAUAUAUCUUCUAG